CUACCACUCCACCUUAUUCACCUUAUUUGACUUGCUCUCCAUCACACUUCCAUCCCUGCCGUUGCUACCAUCACGUCUUAUAGCGAUCAGUCCAUCACACAGGACCAUCCUUACUGUUGUAAGCAAUCUCAUUCGGGCAGCAACAACGGUGGAAGGAAAUUGGUCAUCAUCUCAAAUCUUUAACGAUCAUUUCUCCAUGUCCUCCAGAGCACACUCUGAAACACUUCCGCUAAAAUAAUGCCCUCAGACAAGAACCAGCACAGGAACGAGCAUCAGCACCAGCAACUCGAAGCCACAUCCGCCGCUGCUUCUAGCACCAACAACGACUUCCAUAGCGAUGCAACACAUCACAACUACAGCCACAGCAUCAGUAGCUACGACAACGACGACCCUUUGCAACAGUCGUCCUUCAGACCAACUUCGACCAUACCCUCGUACUUAACUCGCCCCGCCAUUUCCGCCUCGAGACACGGCAUCGGACUUUCUUUAGAAUACAGGGAGACUUACCAGAACCUCACCGUCGCAACGGAUAGGCUCGACACCGUCAAUUCUGCCCAGUGGUUCUACAAACCCUAUCUGCAGCCCUCCUUCAUUUCCACAACAGCAACAUCCAGCCUAAUGCCCACCACAGCCCUUAUUACACCGGGUAGUCCUGACCUCAGAGGAUGCGUCGCAGGCACGGCCACUCCUGCCCCACCCAUGCCCUCAAUUGUAUUGCCAGCUAGAGCACGGACCCCCACCCCAGCGACCUUGUAUUCGACACUGCAGUCAUCCCUCGCUGCAGGGGCCAUCAUGGGUAAUCCAGGCGCUCGACCCAAUGGUUCCGACCAUACCGCGACGAUACACGGCAGAACAGCAGGACCAUAUUCUUCACAAGCCUCGGUUCAAUUGGGAUCUUUUCAUUUGAACGCACAACCUCCGCUCCCAAUCAAGGACGAGUCAAUCUAUCACAAUCCGUAUAAGGCGCCAUCACACGCAAACAGCCGAGCAUUCGUGCCUCCAGUCGUACCCGGAUACGAGUUCACAGGAGGCUCUCAGGCUGGAAACAUGGGCUUGAUGAUGGGCAAGCGGCUCUCGGACGGCAUACCUGUUACAGGAAAGCUCCAUCAGUCUCGCAUCCUUCUUCAGCAUGAAUACCGGAUACUCAAAACUCUCAAGAUCGCCAAUGCUCAUUACAUUCCAGACAGCGACCAGCACCAACAGCCCGCGACCAAUGACUCCAUCGAGCAAAAGGAGAGCACGUUGGAGACAGAUGCGGUCGCAUCAUCAAAGGGCACCGAACGAUCACACCAAUACUGCACACCGAAACCUGGCGUCAAGAAAGCUGUUUACGAGGCGGGAAGCGUAGAGACGGAAAUGUACUUCAAUCGCCUCGUGGAGGAUUUUAUCGACCUGGAGCACGAGGAUAUGUCAAUACUCAUCUUGAGCAGACUCGGACCAAAUUUACUAUCACAUACGCACUAUCAGUUCAUGGGCAUGGAGAGCACGGACAACACGAGCGACCCCGAGAUACAAGCGAAGAGGAAAUACGGAUCGCCAUUUCCGGACGUACGAACCUUUCUGAUCUUUGCUCUGAAAGCGGCGUGUAUUCUCGAGGCGCUCCUCAAACAGAAAAUAGCGCAUCUUGCGAUCUGUCCGACAGCACUGCACUGGAUGCCUUCCAAAGCCGAUGUUGGUCCAUGGCAUUCAGACGAGGAAAUGAUACGUAACGCAGACGACAACAGGGGCGAGGUGUUGUUAGAAAGGUCCGAACCGGUUUGUGGUCCCCACAUCCUUUAUUCGCUGCUGGAGAACAUGGACAUCAACGACACAAAACUGCGUUUAUUCGAUUUCACGCACUCCAAGAUUCUCAGCCAUGAGCGAGCCAGGGCGCCCAAUAAUAUCGUGGAAUGGCAAAUCCCAGGAUAUCUCGAGUACCAUUUGCAGUUCCUGGCACCCGAGCAAACUGGACGUGCGGAGACAUGGAUGGACCACCGAACCGAUAUAUACGGACUUGGUGCGACACUGUUUUCGCUGUUGACGAUGCAGUAUCCGAAUACUGGAACCGACAGCGUACAGAUUCUUCAAGGUGUGCUAUCCAGAGAACUUCCGCCAUUAAGGAUCUUUAGGCCGGACAUGCCCCCUGUGAUAGAUGAUAUUCUACGUAAAAUGACUCGGAAGCAACCAAGCCAAAGAUACCAGAAUGCAUUCGGAUUCAAGCAGGACAUUUUGCGGUGCUUGAACGCUUUGCACAAGACUGGCCGGAUCGACUCAUUCGAAUUGGGCCAGCAUGAUGUAUCGUACCAGUUUGUACUUCCCAACUCCAUCUUCGGUCGACAUGCUGAGCAACAAAUGAUCUCAGCGGCCAUUGCGCAGGCUGCAAGCGCAUGCCAACAAUCGUUGAACGGUGACAUGCAGGACGACGAUGUUGACGAUGACGACGACGACGAUAUGGCAUCCAAAAUGGUAGCUGCAAACAAUGCAGACUAUUACGUCUUUGAGGACGAUAUUGUUUCGUUGAGGAGUCAGGUGUCUGCCAAGAUCCCAUUGUCGUCAAAAACGCUCCUAAGAACACCCAAGCCCUUCAAUAGACUGCAGUCGGCUCACCAUGGGCCAGAAAAGACGGAUCCCAUUGUUCGCGUAGUCUUUGUCAGUGGUCCUUCAGGCGUCGGCAAGACUAUGCUCAUUCGAGGAAUGGCCACAGUUGCAAGGAAUUCUGGAUUAUUUGCGGCAGGGGUGUUUGAGGCAGUGGGUCGGGCACCGUAUUCGGCAAUUCUCUCCUGUAUCCAAAGUGUGCUUCAACAACUCCUAGCUCAGCACACCGAUGCACUCGCUUCACUGGUCGUCGCGAUUCUGACAGCGUUCGAGCCGAACUCUGGCAUCGGUAUCAUCUGCGACCUUGUACCGGAACUCCGAUACUUCUUUAACGGAUCCGAAAUGCCCGAGGGCAAGGAUGUGCCGCUCACCCACUCUAUCGCUCGAUUCCAUGCGCUCAUUCUGAAGCUGAUUCGUGUCAUCUCCACCCACUUUUUCAUGACCUGGCUGAUUGACGACCUCCAGUUUGCUGACGAAAACUCGAUCGAUCUAUUGGCGACAUUGGUGAAUGUGAACAAGCGGCUGCCUAUUGUGUUUAUUAUCACACAUCGAGAUACACCCGAUUGUCUGAUGAAGGUCAAGCACAUUUUGGGAGGAGGAAACAUCAUUGGAGGUCGGCACCCGACAGGAUUCAGCGCCUUCGGAGCGGUGCAGCAUGAUAAAUGGAUGGAGGAGAUGUGGUCAAAAGGAGGCCCGUCGACAAAGCCUAUAUCAAAGAGCUCCGCCUUGAGAGGCACGGGAAUCUCAGUAGCAGUUCGAGGCGGCGGCGGUGUACGUUUCAUUCGGCUCCAAAACCCUGCAAUGGAAACAGUUCAGGAAUUCCUUGGGACUCUGCUGCAUCGAGACAAGUCAGCUGUGGCGUCUUUGGCCAAGGUUCUGCACCAAAAGUCAUGGCUGACCAUCAGACAACUGGCUCUGGAGCUAUACAGGAAAGAACAUAUCUAUUUCAACUGCGUUGCCAGGGAGUGGGAGUGGGAGUCCAAUCCCGAAAAGCUGGCAGCAGUCGUUCGAGGUUUGACUGGAGAAGAGUUUGCGUUUCUUAACAGCAGAUUCAAAGCACUCAACUGUGAUACCAAGAGGGCACUCGUCUGUGCGUCAAUAUGCGGACAAUCAUUUACGAUCCAGGACCUUCAGCAGCUGAUCUUGGCUGUAUACAACUGGACGGGUGGAAAGUGUCCAAGUGCCGAUGCGGCUUCAGGGGCGGACCCUCACUUGGACGGUAACAAAGGAUGCAACACCAUGGCAGGAAUACAGUCCGCAAUUGGAGAAGGAAUUCUAGCCUACGCUCCGGAAUCGGGUAACCUGCGCUUUCACCAUAAUAUCAUGCGCCAAGUUGCUGCCAAUUUGAUGGAGAGUCCUGAACAGACCGAGAGACUGCAUUUCGAGAUGAUCAAGAUGCUUUUCCCCAAGCCCGGUCAGGAGCUCGCAAUAGCACAUCACAUUCUCAGCUGCCUCAACUUGAUAAAAAAAAAGCUGGCUGAGGCACGAUAUUCCGGUUUCUCGAAUAUGGCGAACACAGAAGGACGUAUGACGGAAGCGGAUGCGACCAGGGCACUGGAACUGGAUACCAAGGCGCUGCGCAGGAUCCUUUCGCGUGUUGGAGAGAAAAACCAAAAGAGUGGUUCGCAGGGACCGGCCUUAAAGUACUGGAAUGCUGCCUUAGAGCUACUUCCGGACAACUGCUGGGAUCAACUUCCAGAAACAGUGACAACCCCGGAUUACGACGUCGGCAUGGAAGAUGCGGAAAGUGUCCUAGGCUCACCUGCAACUCUUAGGGAUGGUGUUCAAAAUCUGCUGACAAAGCAGCCACCACUCUACCACGAGACCCUCAGAUUACAUCUUCAGUGCAUCGAGGCAGAGCGUUGGUGCGAGAAUUUUGACAAGGCAAUGAAGAUUUGCGAGACCAUGCUCUCCAAAAUCACUGAUCCUAUCGACAGGGCUCGCGUAUACCAACACCAAAUUGAGAUGUCAGUUUGGGCAUAUUCACUACCAGCCCAGGCGACCGCGGUUACGAUUCAGUGUCUUUUUGAACUCGGGAUGGACGAGGACACACUGUUCGAUCCCACGGAAAAUGAAACGAGGGUCAUUUUUGACAAGACGCACGAGUUGCUGAAGGAGCAUAUGUCGGAGCUCGAGGCGGAUCCACCUAAAGUGUGCAACGAUCCAAGAAUUGCCAUGAUGAUGGAAGUGCUUUCCGUCGCAGGCUCAAGUCUUUACUAUUGUAAUGUCCCGUUCAUGGCCAGCGGAAUUGUUCAAUCCAUAAAGCUGAUCUGCAAACACGGCAUUACCAAAGACGCUGGUCGAGCCUUGGUCACAUUUGCACUCACAUACUCCACCUGGUACGGACGUCUUGACAAUGUCUACGAGCUAGGAAGAUUGGCAUGCAAGGUUUCCAAUAACAGUCAUCAUGUCCGCUUCCUGUUCUAUCUUGUCGUCCAACAGUGGGGCGAACAUGUUGCGCACUCGAUCCCGGCGCUAGAGGAGACUCUAGCAGCGGUGGAGCUGGCCUGCGAUCGGCUCUUCCAUACUGCAGGGAUGAUUCACGUUUCAGUUAUGAAAAUCCUUGUCGGAAGGAUUCACUUGAACGAUCUCAUGUCAACGACUAUCGAACUUUUGACCAAGCACAUCGAAUUCGGUUCCAAGUCUCAUGGUGUGGAGGUCAUGCAGGGGAUUUUGCAGAUGAUCAAGUGUCUGAAGGGGCGAACCCUGGCUGAGAACCCCGAGACAAUCUUUGAGGACGUCGAUUUCUCCGAAACCAAGAACAAGGUCAAGAAGGACAAAAAGGCUCUGGCACUGGUUCAUAACAAUAGCACCUAUCAGAUGCUCAAGGUCUUGGCGGCUUUCAUUUUUGGAUACUAUGCGUUCAUUCAGGAAGUGACGGACAGCUGGCACGAUGACCCCAAGUCGAUCAUGAACUUUGAAGGAUCCUGGAUUGCCCAUACUGUAUUUACGGUUGUUGGACUGGCGAUCGUGAAUCUCCUUAGGACCGAAACGGAUCCUGAGGUCAGAAGCAAAUACAAGCGCCGACUGUUCAGGAUCCAUGAUCAGAUGGAAAUAAGGGCAAACAAAUAUCCGACAAACCACGCUGCGAUGUUUUAUCUCCUCGAAGCCGAGAUCGCGGACCAGGGACUGACCCAGGACGACGACGUGGCGAGAAAUGGAGGAGAGAGAGCUACCGACAUGAAGGCGUUUUUGUUAUAUGAAAAGGCGAUCAAGUUCUCAGUUGAUGGCGACUUUCCUCUGCACAAGUGCUUUUCGUACGAGUUGGCUGCUAAGAGCCAUUUGCGCCACGGUAUGGUGACGAGCGCGAGAUGUUUGCUUGGCAACGCCAUCAAGGUGUAUCAACAGUGGGGCGCAAAGGGCAAAGUGCAGAGGUUUUAUCGCACCUAUCCAGACAUGUUCCCGUCGCCACCGGAGGUAGAUCCUGCGGCUGCCAAGCGUGGACUAUUUUACAGACCUCACGACACCCACGGCCACUUGUCGACCUCCCAGCUUACCUCUGGUGCUAAUAAUAAUUUCGCAGGGCCAGCAUCAGCAGGACCAGGUGGUCCAAAUAGCACGUCGCCAUGGGCAGGAAGUCCCAGGACUAUCUACAGCCCUACGGCAUUUGGAAGCGAUGCAGUAUCGGCAGCAGCAGCAGCGAUGGCAGAGUCCAGCAUGGCUUCUGCAUUUCAGAAUGGAUGUCCCUCGGCCACUUCAACGGCUUCCUCGACCCUCUCAGCACCGUUGUAUUCGAUACAGAACACCUGGCUCAGCUCUCCACAAUCCUCUGAGGCGGAUAAUGCGGAUCUGGAUGUUCUCGAUUUCUCUUCUGUGAUUGAGGCUAUGCAGGUGAUAGCGAGCGAGAUCGAUCUGGACUUGCUCCUCGUCAAGUCCUUGGGGGUCUUGAACCAGUCCGUGGGUGCGAAAAGAUGUUGUAUUAUUAUAUCCAAGGGUGAAGAGUUGGUUCUGGCGGCUUCACAGGGAGAUCUAGGUCAGUGCGAGCCCGUCAAUCCGCCGCUGGAGGUCGAGAAGUGCGGCUCGUUGUUUCACAGCGUGAUCAACUAUGUGAUCAACACUUCUACGCCAUGUCUGCUCACGAACGCCAAGGAAGAUCCUCGAUUCUGCGCAGAUGAGUACCUGAAGCAGCGAGUUGAUCUUAAGACGGUCCUUUGCGCGCCUAUUCUGCACAAGGCAGCGCUUGUCGGCGUGCUUUAUAUGGAGGAAUUCCCAGAGCGGGCAUUUGCGAACAAGCGGAUGCUAGUGAUGAACUUGUUGGUGCAGCAACUGGGGAUCUCAAUUACGAACGCGCUCCUAUAUCAGUCGGUGCUUCAGUCAGAGUCCAAACUGAAUGGACUGCUUGAGAAUAUGCCGUGCGGUAUUGCUCUCUGGGACGCAGUGGCCGAAAACUGCCAGUAUGUCAACUCAACAUGGAGAGAAAUGACCGGGUUUACAGUCAAAGAAAUCAUGAACUCCAGGUGGAGAGUUCUGGUCCAUCCAGAUGAGCUGAUCUCACAUGGUCUUUCAUGGAAAGAGCGUGUUCUAGCAGGAGUACCGUGCCAAUGGGAGAGCCGAUAUGGUCUGAAAGAUGGCACUUUCCGCUGGGGCAUCGUACGUAUGCUGCCGAUCUACGCUUCGACAGAUCAAAACAAGAUCUUGCAGUGGCUGACUGUCACUAUCGAUAUUGAUGACCAACGACGAGCCGUUCAAUUGAAGUCCAACUUCCUGGCUAACAUGAGCCAUGAAUUACGAACGCCAUUCUCGGGUAUCUUAGGAAUGCUUUCGUUGCUCAGGGAUUCGAGCGGGCUGUCUCAUGAACAAUUCGAGUUUGUGGAUAUGGCCAAAGCAUCCUGUGAGAUGCUGAUCAGGAUCGUGGAUGAUCUGCUGAACUUCAGCAAGCUGGAGGCAGAUAAGGUCACGCUUGAGUACAUCCCGCUGUGCUUUGAAGAGAUUCUUGGAGAUGUUUGUGAUCUGCUGGUUCCAUUGGCGUCAAAGAAAGGUCUUGAGCUCAUCAUCCUGGUCGAUGAUACUCUGCCCGUUCAACUUAUCGGUGACCCUGAUCGAAUGAAGCAGAUUCUCAUGAAUCUGAUCGGUAACGCCAUCAAGUUCUCGACCUCUGGCAAUGUCGUCAUCAAGUACUGGCACGAACUUCGGAAACGGGAAACGCUGAACUCCGGAAAAUCCUCACAGUCGAUCCUUGAAAUUCUUGCCGGAAAAUGUGGCACCGAUUAUCUGGGUAAAAAUGGCAUGGAGGCGUUGCGGAGCAAGGUCGAGUUAGAGUUGAACGACUCGCACCUCGGUGACGAGGUGAUACUGCACUGCUCCGUGACGGAUCAAGGAAUCGGAAUGACACCAGAUGAGCAAAAGAUGCUAUUCGUGUCGUUUCAGCAGACCGACAACGGGACGACUCGAAAGUAUGGUGGCACCGGAUUAGGACUCUCGAUUUGCGCGCAGUUGAUUGCACAUAUGCACGGCAAGGUCGUUGUGGAGUCCGAGAAGGGCAAAGGAUCGACUUUCACGUUCACAGCAAAACUGAGAGCCAUGACAGAUCAUGACCGGGCUUUGAACCCAGUAGAAAGCGCUCGGAUCUAUGAGUGCGAGAAGGUAUUGACCUCAAGGUGGGCUGCGCUCGAUGGCAAGAGAGUGCUGAUCUUGUCGCCCAACAAGCUGCUACGACAGCAAGUGAUGAGCACUGCACCUAGCGUCAUAUGCAUGGAGUUUGACGACGUGUUCUCGGCUGUAAAGUGUGGCGCCAUCGGAAUUCUUGGCGAUCCCCUGAGCUGCUGCUCAGACCACGUUCAAAAUCCUGUCAUAUCAGAGGCCGCAGAGGAUCAAAUGGAAGGCAUUAUCAAGGGCAUCGGCAACAAGGAAGGCGUGGAAGGCGAGAGUAAGUGCGGCUGCGUUGAAGCGUUACCGCUUUUGAAGCUCGAUGCAAUCCCACAAUUCGACUUCAUCCUGGUUGAUCACGUCCUAGACUCGGCAGAACUCGAUUGCAUAUAUCCUUCGCCAUCGAUCGCCUUUGUCCUGCUCCUCGCUCCGACAACUGAGACUCUGCGAUGGAUUUUACCGCCAGCGCAGAAGCGAUUGGAUGCGAAUUCUGAGGAAACUGAUUCUGAGCAAGUGGAUGUUGGAGGGCGCGGACGUAUUCGUGCGUCCUCUGACCUGGAUUUCGCAGAGAAGGCCAUGGGACAGGUACGCAGUGCCUCUUUUAUGUCAAAGAUCAGGGCCAAGUCUUCAGCAAGUCUCAAAAAGCCAGCAUCCGGUACACCCUCAGGAAAGCGGCCCAGGAUACCGUCUCAAUUGUUCAAGCGCAAGAAACAGUCGCUUCUGGCCGCGACUUUCACAAAGAGAAAGGAAAUGAAUGCAACAGUUGAGUCGACUUCCGGAGCAGGGACAGAGGCAGAUACCUAUGCAGAUGUGCCUGGAUCUUCUCCAGUCCCGCGCAAGUCGUCGUCGUUCCAAGUAUGCCGAAUGAUCAAGCCGGUGCGUCGACUCAAGCUACUACAGAUCAUGUACAACGCCCUACUUCUGCAUGAGCAUCGGAUGAACGGUGGUACUGAAGCGCUUGGAUGUGCCAAAUUGGGGGAGAUUCCUGGCGAAUCCGAGGAUAGUCAAUUCGAGGAUCCAGGACGAUCUUCGCCGUCGUCAUAUGCAGCAUCAAGCGGCACGUUAUCGCAGUCCACAUCGCCUUCUAGAUCCGUAUCCCCACAACGCGAUACUCUGAAGCGUAGACGCUCCAAGGAUGAUUUGGCAGGAAGAGGGCGGACUAGUGAUGAAGGAUCUGAUAGAGACUUACCACCGGCUUCUAAGACUUCCAAGACAAAAGCCUUGUCUUCAUCAUCGUCCUCGUCAUCCAGGGCGAGAAGUAGGAAGGUAGCUGACGGCGAUCUUCCGAAGCGGGCCCGUAACAAUGAUGCGCUGACGCUGUUGCUAACGCCUGAGCAACGCAAGAGGUGCAAGGGAAUCAAUGUUCUUGUUGCAGAAGACGAUUUUGUCUCGCAAAAGAUCUUGGAGAAGCAACUUUCAAAGCUCGGCAUGAAUGUGGUGAUUGCGGGUAAUGGACAGGAGGCCGUCGAUGAAUGGCUGGCAGCCAAGCGAGGACACUACACAAUCGCUAUUUUUGAUCAUCACAUGCCUAUCAUGGAUGGACUAGCGGCGACUAAAAAGAUUCGAGCGCUGGAAGCAGACUUGGUGGAGGAACAGAAGCAGAAGAACGAGGCAGGAGCAGCAGACACAGAGAUAGGUCCGUCGGAGGAUUCAUCAAAGAGCCAUAUCCGCAUCCCGAUUGUGGGACUGAGUGCGGAUAUCCAGCUCGCUACGAAAGAGAAAUGCAUCCGAGCGGGUAUGGACGAAUACAUGACAAAGCCGUUGCUAACACAGGGUCUUGCGCUAUUGAUCCAGCGCUACUGUUGUCACUAAGGACCUAUUGAAUCUCGUUUUGCGAUUCACAUACGUCUACUAAUAAAACAUCCCUGAACUGCUUGCGGCUCCUUCAUAC